AGCCUGGCUUUGGGGAGAGCCGAGCUUAGCGCUCUGAGAGCACCUUGGAGCAGGGCUGAACUCUGGGAAGAAGAUCUGGGGUCUGCUGAGUCCUCUAGGAUCUUGAACCACAUCCCCCAUGCAGCCACAUCCUUUCAAAGCUGGGAGUAAAGAGAAGCAGGUAUGUCUGCUCUGAAGAUACCUGGAGCCUGAGGAGGAAACUGGGGAGAAGUUUAUGUUCGGUGUCCAAGCUCUGUGUGGAACCUGCCUCCUGCUGCAGCCCAAGGGUCUUGGUCUCCCCACCUGUGUCUCCCCAGCUCCGAGGACAUGAGCAACUGCUUCAAGCAUGCUCUGCUCCGCCAUGUUACCUGCCUGUUUGCCCUUACACAGCUGCUUCCCCGGGCGUCCACAGAGCAGUUCCGGGUGUUUGGUCCCUCAGACCCCAUCGUGGCUGCUCCAGGCGGGGAAGCCAUACUUCCCUGCUCCCUGUCUCCAGCCGUGAAUGUGGAGAAGAUGGAGCUCAGGUGGUUCCGCUCCAGAUUCUCAGAAGCAGUGUUUGUCUAUCGGGACCAACAAGAGCAGAAGCAAGAGCAGAUGGCUGGGUAUUCAGGACGCACCUCGCUGGUGAAGGACCAGUUCCACCAAGGCAAGGCUGCCGUGCGCAUCGGAAAUGUCCAGGUCUCAGACAGAGGGAUAUACGUCUGCUUCUUCAGACAGGGUCUCUUCUAUGAAGAGGCCAUCUUGGAGCUGAAGGUGGCAGGGAUGGGCUCUGUCCCUGAAGUGCACAUCACAGGCACAGAACAUGGUGGUGUGGGUGUGGUGUGCAGAGCUUCAGGGUGGUACCCGAAGCCCCACGUGCAGUGGAGAGACUCCAGAGGGGAGAUGCUCUCAGCACCCUCUGAGACCCACACUGAAGAUGCUGAAGGGCUGUUCAGCGUGGAGAGCACAUUGGUGGUGAGAGACAGGUUCUUGGGGAAUGUGACCUGCUCCACCUUCAAUCCCAUCCUGGGCCAGGAGAAGGCCAUGGCCAUCUUCAUCCCAGAGCCCUUCUUCCCUCAGGCUUCUCCCUGGAUACCAGCUUUUGCCGUGAGCAUGACCAUGAUGGGACUUCUAGUCCUAGGGUCUUCCUGUUUUCUUAUAUGGGAGCAGCGUGCAAGGCUGCAGGUGCAUCAGGAACUGGAGAAUCUGUGGCGUGAGCAGGAGGAGUUGCAGAAGACAAAGGAGGAUGCUCUGAAGACAGCGUGCACACUCCAAGAGGAGCUGGAUCGGAGGAAGGCAGCUUAUAUGGCUGCCUGGAGGAAGGCCCAGCUGUAUGCAGAUUGGUGCAGGGAGCACUUCCAGUCCUGGUCUGUCACUCUGGAUCCAGACUCUGCCCACCCCAUCCUCGCCAUCUCUCAGGACAGGAGGCGUGUGACCUGGAAGGAUACCACCAUGCACUUGGAUGGCCCCUUCAGUGUGUUAGGCAUGGAAGGCAUCUCUUCUGGAAGACGCUACUGGGAGGUCGAGAUAAGACGGGGAGACAGCAGCGAGUGGACUCUGGGGGUCUGCCGGGAAGAUGUGGUCAGGAAAAAUUGGUAUUCAGAGUGUCCAGGAAAGGGGUUUUGGUCUGUGGGACGGUCUAAUGAUGUAUAUUGGGCCUUUACUGAACCUGGAAAAACUUCAUUAUCCUUUAGGCAAGCUCCCCAGUGUGUGGGGGUGUUUGUGGACUACAGCGAAGGCGACAUUUCCUUCUAUAACAUGAGUGAGAAGUCCCACAUUUUCUCCUUCCAUGAAGCUUCCUUCUCUGGGACUCUUUUCCCAUACUUCAGGCUUAAGUCUGGAGAUGUUUCAAUGAUUCUCAGCUCCAUGGUGCAUGACUCUGAGGGGGAGGAAGUGGAGGAAGGAAAGGAGAAGGAGGAGGGAGAGAGGAAGAAGAGGGAGAAGAAAGGGAAGAGGUUAUUUUUGCCUACUUUGGAGGAGUCUGGGAAUCCCCCAGGGGAGAGGCUUACCCCAGGCUCUGGAGUUGUUGACUCUCCCCCAGGGGAGGAAUCCCCAUUCCUCCCUCAUCCUGGUGAUGCUUUUCUCCCAUAGUGCAGUUCACUGCCUCUAAGUUGUCAGUGUGCGUCCUUGUGGGACUGUAGAAGCCACAGAAAAGCCCACAGGAUGAGUCCUGGAAGGGCCUGGAGCCUUGGCCACUGCUCUCAGGUCUGACUCUGUGACUGUGGGAACAGGGUGUCCAUGACUUGUGUUCAGACACCAGACGAUGAGCCUCGACUGUUGCUUCAUCUGGUUUGAAUUGUGUGUAGGCAUGCUCCUUUUGGUGUUAAAUAGCAUUUUCCUGGGUUUCAUUCCUUUUGGUAGGAAACUGACCAA